CUAGAAUAUAAGAGUAGCACUAGCCAAAUGUAUGACUCCAGUGAGCCAGUUUUCCAGAGACAGCACUCAUCCUCUUUGGAAACUUCUCAGGGAUGGAGCUGCCAUUGAGUCAACUACACAUCUGGACAAUCUUGAUGCUGGUGUUGAACCUGCUCCUGUGGGAGAAAGCUGCAUCAAUUCCAGAAUGUCAUACAGAAGAGGGAGGCUGUUGGAACCCCCUUGUGGAAACCUUUAACAGUGCCAUCAACCGAGCUGAAAAUAUCCGUAAUCUUGCUGAGCAAAUGCAUCAAGAGUUUUUCCACAAUGAAUUCUCUUCCAAUGCGUUUGCCAAUCUGAUUACACGAAUGAAUAGGAGGGAUCAGUUUGUUCUCAAGGCAAGACUGUACUGCCAUGCUAAUGAUACGAACCCUCCAGAUCGUGGAACCGAACACAUGAAUAUCAAAAGCAAAAAAUAUCUAAAAACUUUGAUCAAUUAUGUGGGUGCCUGGACGAGCCCUCUAUACCAUCUUGCACUUGAACUGAGCACCAUGCCAGAUGUCCCUGAAACUAUCCUUUCAAAAGCCAAUCAAAUUGAAGAGAACAACAAAGAACUCUUGGAUGACCUUAGGUGGAUACUCACCAAGGCCUAUCCUACAGCAAAGAUAAAAGAAAAAUUCCCCAACUGGGAACAUCUUCCAUACCUAAAAUCAAAUAACAAAGACAAUAAGUUUUUGGCAAUGUUUAACCUUUCCUACUGCCUACGCCUUAACAUAUUCUACACGGCAAAUCAUCUCAGAACACUGAAGUGUCGAAUAACUGGGAAAGAUUGCUAAGUGCUUAUCGGGCCCAUGUGCUUUGGAGAUGGUCCAUGACAGUUCAUUGCUAAGAAGUUUCUUUUAAUUUUAUACCUUGUGAAUGCAUGUGUGUGUAUACUGAACAACUUUAAAAAAUAAAAUAUUUCUCUUUAGAGACGUCCAAAUCUAAAUAACCUAUUGUCUAUUGUUCAUUAAAUAAAAUAUCUAUCAUUAAUGUUAGAAUCAAAUUUAUCAUAAAUAUUAGAUGUUACAUUUGAGAAAAAUCCACAAUUUACUUCACAGGAAAAUAAUAGCAGUCAAGUUAUUACAACCAAAGUAUAAAACUCUCAAUUACCUAACAAGGAAUGCAAAUUUUAUAAAGCUUAGUGAAAUUGAGACUGUCCUUGGAAACUAAUGUUCACAUUGGAAGCACAGUCAAGCCAACACAAUUGCUAUGUGAUGCCACAGUCUCAAGAGGAUUUUGGAGGAAGGGGAGCAAGGAGUGUAUACAAUAAAGAUACACCAAACUCAUGCAUGAAAUUUCAAACAGUCAAUUUUUAAAAACUAAAAUUUGUUGUAGGAUGCAAAUGUCAAUUUCUCGAAACCUCUUCACUGUGCCAUAAACCCCACUAUAAAUUUUCUUCUCCAUUGCAUGGUGACAGUUACACUGUUCAUGUUUUGUAUUCUUUGUGUCAAACAAGUCCUACUUUGUGUAAGAUCAUUUCAUUUGAACUAGACACACUCUUCAUAUAGUGUGUGUCUUAAAACCAUAGUCACUUUAAGAUGUAGAUACCCCAGGGAUAUCUGCCAUGGAAUUUCGAUGAAGCAGUUAGUUGCUUUACCUACUGCAGAAGAUAGAAACCUUCUUGUUUUCUAUUAUCAACUGUUUGUUAUUCCGUUUUAAUUAUACCUUAAAUGUUAGGACAUACAGUGCUUUGAUAUUUUUAACUCUAGGAACUUUUAAAUUUUCCUCUCUGAUUUCUUCAGUGACAUGCUAAACUUUAAAUCAUUCAAACUCUAUGUAUUUGGGUAGAUUAUGCAGUUUUCUUUAUAUUACUUUCUUAUUUUAUUUUACUGUGGUCUGAAAAGAAACAGGAAGUUAUUUUAUUCUUCUGCAUUUGGUAAAGACCUGAUAUUGACUUUGAAUAUGCUUAAUUGUAUACUUAGGUUUUAUUAUUCUAACUGUAUCUUCACCUUCAUAAUCUGUCUUUGAUUCAUUUGUUGUAUUUCUUUCCUUUGAUCUUUCGUGAUC